AUGUCUGUCGUACCUGCCUCUGCAGGGGCUCGCCCUGCUGGCGGUGGCCUGCGGUCUCAGGUGAUGUCCUUCUACACGGACGACUCCCCCGGCCUCAAGAUCCAGCCGGUGUGGGUGAUUGUGAUGAGCCUUGGCUUCAUCCUGUUUGUUACGGUGCUGCACAUCAUCGGCAAGCUGCGCGGCUGA